AUGUUGACUAAAGUGAAGCUCCUGGUGAUAGUUCUAGUGUUUUUCUGUUCAAAAUCUGUUUUAGCAGAUGAUUUUCCCUCGUUGAUUUCCGCUAAUGCCUCGAUAGCGGUGAUUCUGGACCGGGAAUACCUGGACAAUCAGUACGACGAACUGUUGGAAGGAACCAAGCGACUGUUCGAAAGGAUCUUACGGGAUAAUUUUAAAAAUGGUGGUCUGAUUGUGAAAUAUUUUUCCUGGACCAGCAUCAACCUACGGAGAGAUUUUACUGCAGUACUUUCCGUGGCCAAUUGUGAUAAUACCUGGGAUGUGUACAAAAAUGCCGCGAAGGAAAUUUUAAUUGUUUUAAGUAUUACCGAUGCGGACUGUCCACGAUUACCAAUUAACAACGCUUUUAUGAUUCCGAAGACAAUACCUAGUACAGGGUAUUUCGAAGAGCUGCCACAGGUCAUAAUGGAUAUGAAAACGACGAACGCCUUCGAUUGGAAAGCAGCAGUACUACUAUAUGACGACAGCUUCGACCGUGACGUCAUCGCAAGAAGUGUCCUUGCUCUGUCGAAGGAUUACGAAGGAGUAAAACCGCUCUCGCUGUCCAUGUUCCGCGUCGAAAGUCAUACUCACAUGUGGGAGAAGCGUAAAGCUGUGAGGAAGGUUCUGCUGAAUCUGCCCACCCGUUACAUCGGGAACAACUUUAUUGCCAUUGUUACCACUCAAACAAUGGAAUUACUAAUGGAAAUCGCAAAAGAGCUGAAAAUGGUCCACCCGUUGGCCCAAUGGCUGUACGUUAUAGCUGAUACAUCGGCGGAGAGGAACAACAUUUCAUCCGUUCAUCCAAUCCUCGCCGAAGGGGACAAUAUCGCGUUUGUGUACAAUUUGAGGAAGAAUGUUCAAUCUUGCGAGUCCCACACCCUGUGCUACAUCGAGAAUCUGAUCACUUCGCUGGUCCACGGACUGUCGAAAUUGAUUCGCGAGGAAAAAGCUGUUUAUGGGCAAAUUGCCGACGAAGAGUGGGAAGUUAUACGAAUGACGAAAGUCGAACGAAAAAAUGCGAUUCUCAAAAUUAUUAGAAAUGAUUUGACUGGUAAAGACAACUGUAACGAGUGUUCAAGAUGGAAGAUCGAAACAGGACUAACUUGGGGAUAUGCAUAUCAAGCGCUUCUAGAUGAGACCGAAGCAACAGGAGCGAUUAGUAAUCGGAAGCAGAUUGAACUACUGGAAGCAGGUUAUUGGACGCCGCAGGAAGGUUUCAUUAUGCAGGAUUUCUUAUUUCCGCACAUUGUCGAUGGGUUCCGUGGUAUUCAUCUGAAUUUCUAUAGCUAUCAUAAUCCACCAUGGCAGUUUGUGGCGUUCAACGCAAGUGGCCAUCCGCAUUUGUCUCAUGGAGUGAUUUUGGAUGUUUUGAAGGAGUUGUCAAGGAAACUGAAUUUUACCUACACCAUAACAAUUGCUCAGACAAAUUUGGAAUAUAUUGGGAACUUGACAGAUGAUGCCAAUAAUACGCUCACUAAAGAUGUCCACACGGUAACGACUGACAUUCCUUCGGAGAUUAUGAGACAACUGAUCGAAAACAAGAUUCUUCUAGCUGUUGUUGGGGCUACAGUAAGUGAAAAGCAAAAGAAAUUCAUCACCUUCUCCAAACCGAUCAGCAUUCAAACGUAUAGCUUCCUCGUUUCACGGCCAAAGGAGCUGAGCCGGGUGUUCCUUUUCCUAUCACCGUUUACAGUUGAUACAUGGAUGUGCCUGUCAGCGACGAUCCUUCUAAUGGCACCAAUUUUAUACGCGAUACAUCGGCUGAGUCCGUUUUACAAUCACUUUGGACGAAACAACAGCAUUGGUCUGGGGAAGUUAAACAACUGUUUCUGGUACAUCUACGGAGCUUUGCUACAGCAGGGAGGUCUUUAUCUGCCGUAUGCGGAUAGUGGUCGCAUUAUCAUCGGAACCUGGUGGUUGGUUGUUUUGGUACUGGUCACCACGUACUGCGGAAAUCUGGUUGCCUUUCUGACCUUCCCGAAGAUUGCCAUCCCCAUCACAACGGUUUCGCAGCUGGUCAGAAACCAACAGGGCGUUUCGUGGACCAUUCGAAAGGGCACUUUUUUGGAGCAGUUCUUGCGAGAAACCGAUGAUCCGAAGUACAUGCGACUGUACAACGGGGCAAAUUUCAUUACCGACGAGUCGGAUCAAAUGAUCCGAUCGAUUCGGGAGGGCCAUCACGUACACAUCGAUUGGAGAACCAAUUUGAAGUAUCUGAUGAAGAGGGAAUUCUUGAAGAGCGAUCGGUGCGACUUUGUGCUUAGUAUGGAUGAAUUUUUGGACGAGCAGAUCGCUUUGGCGAUGCCGAAGAACAGUCCCUACAUCGACGUGAUCAACGAGGAGUUGAUCAAGAUGCAACAGUUUGGAUUCAUGCAGCGCUGGUUGAUGAAGUAUCUGCCGUCGCAGGACAAGUGCUCGAAGGUGCGGAGGAAUUCGGAGGUGGAGAAUCAUACCGUUAAUAAUGAUGAUAUGGCUGGAUCCUACUACGUUCUGCUGAUUGGAUUUUCUAUGGGAGUCGGGAUGUUUCUGAUAGAAUACAUUUGGCGUUGGUAUAAGAGAUUCAAGGAAGAAAAACUGCAGCCGUACACGGAUUGAACACACGCGAGGCAAGGGAAAUUUCAAAAGUUGUGCACCCGAGAACUAUCCAGUUAUAUGCUAUUGAUGUUUGCCUUGAUCCUAGCGGUGAUCUACUGCAAGUCACUGCUUAUUGUCAUCUUAUGGAAAUAAUAUAAAUCAUUACGAAACACAGAAAUGUAUGUUUAGAAUAUGAAACGAAACAUUAGCAACACACAAAAUUUUAACAUUUACGCAAAUCUCAAACGCAUUCGCUUGCUUUUAAGAUAUUUAAAAUCAAAUUAAGACCGACAGCUGUCGAAUGUUUUGAGUGCUCUCUGCUAGACGUGUUCGUUCCGGUUGAAUGGGUUGUACGAAAGUAAAAACUCACCAUCAUCGGCAAUCCCAGCCAGUAACCAGACUGGCACGGAGCGCUGAGUGCAGUGAUUUCACCGAACGCGUCACUGAAAAGUCCGAAAAUAGUCUAGCACGUUUGAUUAUUCCUCUGAACAUUUUCCCGCUCACCUGUUGACUAGAACGACUAGAGUCAGCGCUACGCGUGGAAAUCAAGCCUCGGACGUCAGUGUUCUCAUUUAGAAAAUGCUUUGGCGCUGUCGUGCUACAGUGACCUAACUUACUCAGCAGUAACUUUUGUUGAAAACGAAAUUGAUUUCAAACUGUUGCAUUAACGUUCAAACUUGUGAGUUCAUAAUAAAUCAAACCGUCUCUUUAACAGUUAGCUAAAAAAUAUAAAGCCGCGAAAGAAUUCACCAAGGCCAACAUUCCUUUCAGACCCAUAUUGAUUUCUGGUUUAUGCACUUAAUUUAUUUACUCGCUAUAUGUUUAGUUGAGUUCGGGAUAUACAGUCCUUCGUAAUCGAACAGAAAACCUUUGAAUUUCCAACACGGCCAUAGGGACACGCAAGAGUUAACGAUAGAAAACACACACCGAAUCAAAACAAAAAUAUCAAACCGCCAGCAAAACACCGAACAUAAUUUGGCGUCAAACACGAACGGCUCCUCUAGCAAGUAGCAAGCCCCCAACAAACCGCACACAGAAAUUCUGAAAAAGUAGAAAAAAAUGAAAAUGUUGCUUGAGAGAAUAAUCGGUCCGACGGCGAGACAGACAAAUUUCAAAACAUACUCGUCACUUGGCAGGACACAAUGGAUAUCAAUUGUGUCUCCGAGAUGAUCAGUAGAAGAACACAGAUAAAUAAAUGAAGUGCUAUUUUUGUUCACCACGUAGUAUAAUUAUUUACCGUCUUUAACUAGACGAUUGAGAAGAUAGUCAUUUGGGAAUAACAUUAGGAAUUAUGCAGUACGUGUGUCUGUUAGUCAUUCACAAUAUUUGAUAAC